AUGUCGUCAGCGCAAGGCACAAAGAAAAGGGACAAGCGAAUUUUAUCAGGUAUCUGCCCAGAUUCCAAAUGCCAGGCGAAGCUAUUCUUCCCUGCUUACGGCUCAAUUAGCAUCGAAUGCACUGAAUGUGGCCAGCGUCACGAGCAGAAGAAUCUGUUAAAUGUGGAAGAAGUAACCGACCCAGAUGUUGUGCUUCAUAAUUUACUGAGAAAUGCCUUACUCGGUGUUACGGGAGCUCCGAAGAAGGGCACGGAGCUGGUCAAAGUGAUGGGUCUCUCCAACUACCACUGCAAGCUGCUGUCACCGAUUCUCACCCGUUACGGGAUGGACAAACAAACGGGGAAAGCGAAACUGCUACGGGAGAUGAAUCAGGGCGAGAUCUUUGACUGUUCUUUGCUUGGCGGUAGGGCCUUUCUUAUCGAACAGGAGCACGUAUCUACAGUUGGUUAUGGUAAGGACAGAUCCGGUAGCCUUAUAUAUCUCCAUGAUACUUUGGAGGAGAUCAAGAAAGCCAACAACAACAAAGAAUGUCUCAUUCCUGUUCACGUGGACGGAGAUGGCCACUGCCUAGUCCAUGCUGUGUCCAGGGCAUUAGUGGGUCGUGAACUGUUCUGGCAUGCGUUAAGAGAAAACCUCAAACUUAAUUUCAAACAGAAUCUGGACCGCUACAAGGCCCUCUUCCAGGACUUCAUUGACACAGCAGAAUGGGAGGACAUAAUCAAUGAGUGUGACCCUUUGUUCAUCCCUCCAGAGGGAGUCCCACUCGGCUUGAGAAACAUACACAUAUUUGGGUUGGCAAACGUGCUGCACCGUCCCGUAAUCCUACUGGACUCUCUCAGUGGCAUGCGAAGCUCAGGUGACUACUCAGCCACAUUCCUUCCAGGCCUGGUGCCUGAGGAGCAGUGCCGGGGAAAGGAUGGCUCUCUCAACAAGCCCAUCUGCAUUGCCUGGAGUAGCUCAGGCAGGAAUCACUACGUCCCUUUGGUGGGCAUUAAGGGUAUGCCACUGCCCCAGCUGCCUGCAGCAUUGUUGCCCAAAGCUUGGGGUGUUCCACAGGAGCUUAUCCGCACAUACGUGAGUCUGGAACCCUGUGGAGGAUGCGUGAUUGGAGGUGACCGAAGCUUGCAGGAGAAAUACCUGCUCCGUUUAGUUGGUGCCAUGGAGGAUGUCUUCAUGGAGAAGCAUGGCAUCCACCCUGCACUCGUGGCUGACGUUCAUCAGUAUGUUUACCGGCGUACAGGAGUGAUCGGCAUACAGCCUGAAGAGGUGACUGAAGCGGCAAAGAAGUCAGUGCAAGAGAAUCGUCUGCAUCGCUGCCUUAUUUGCAGUGCACUGUCUGAGCACCAUGUUCCUCCUGAGUGGCUGGUGCCUGGAGGGAAACUCUACAACCUGGCCAAAUCCACUCAUGGCACUCUCCGGGGGGACAAGAACUACAGCUUCCCCCUAAACAACUUGGUAUGUUCCUACUGCCCUGAGAGGGACACACUGCUGCCUGACUACAAACUCAGCUCGCUCUCCACCUGCUCCUGGUGCCAUGGCACUUCCGUGCGGCAUGUCCAUGGUGAUGGAUCAGUGGUGUACCUGGAUGGGGACCGCACCGCUACACGCUCCCAGGGAGGGAAGUGUGGCUGUGGCUUUAAGCAUUACUGGGAGGGAAAGGAGUAUGAUAACCUGCCAGAGGCGUUUCCUAUCACUCUAGAGUGGGGGGGCCGUGUAGUCCGAGAGACUGUUUACUGGUUCCAGUAUGAGCCAGAAUCAGCACUGAACAGCAAUGUCUAUGAGGUGGCAAUGCGCCUUGUCACCAAGCACUUCCCUGGAGAGUUUGGCAGUGAGAUCCUGGUACAGAAGGUGGUGAACACCAUCCUGCACCACACAGCCAAGAAAAACCCUGAUGAAUACCACCCUGUGGCCAUAGAGGCUGCUCACAUGCAAGGCCAAGGACAGGGUGGUGGAGGAGAGGUGGUGGAGUCAGAUGCGAACCCCCCCACAAAGAUCAUCCUAACAGGUCAGAAGGGCCGCACGCUGCAUAAGGAGGAGUUGGUGAUGAGCCGAGUUGAGAGAAGUCUGCAGCACAGCAUCAGUGAGCAGGCAGCUCUGUCCCAACGCAGACGCACACAACGGCAGCGUAUGCAGGACCAGAGUGCAGAGCCACGCCCUGCCUCCCCUGCCUCGUCCUCUUCUUCCUCAGCUCCACCAACACCUACAAAAGCCCCACCUCCCAGUGGUGAGAAGAAAAUCCGUGUAACAACGAGUGAUGGGCGGCAAGCAAUGCUACAGCUUCAGGCCCACACCACCUAUGCAGAGCUACAAGCAGCUAUCGCCCAGGCCCUCAAUCUGCAGCCCCAUCAGCAGUGCAUCCGACAUGGCUUCCCCCCUAGGGAGCUACCGCCCCCACCACCUGAACAGCAGGAUCUGCCUGUGGCCCUGCAGCAUGGAGACCGCAUCACUGUGGAGGUACUGAAAGAGAAAGUCUCGGACACACAAACACAUACUGGGCCUGAGACGCACACAUCAGAUGCUCAUACCCUAACAGAGCCCAGGCUCAGAAGGACCAGCAGCCGAGAGAUGCAGGACAACAUUGACUUGGAGAUGUCAUCACUCUGUCUCCUAGCAACGCUAAUGGGUGAAGAUGUGUGGUCAUAUGCUAAGAAGUUGCCUCAUCUGUUUCAGCAAGGAGGAGUCUUCUACAACAUUGUCAAGAAAGACAUGGGUCUAAUGGAUGGGAAGCACUGCACUCUGCCACACCUAACCGGUAAGACAUUUGUGUUCAAUGCAGCAGAGGAGCGUUUGGAGUUGUGUGUGGAUGCAGCAGGCCACUUUCCUGUGGGCCCUGAUGUAGAGGACCUUAUCCAGGAGGCCCUUUCCCAGCUCUGCUCUGAGACCUCAUCUCGCAGCCGUGAGGGAAGCCCCGCCCACAGCCUUAAACUAGGCAGUGGUGGGGUAGUGCGCAAGAAGGAGCAGACCGUCACUGCUUUCCAGGGCAAAGGUCACUCACUGGGGUCUACUCCUCUUGAGCAUCGACCAAUCAGGCGGCAACACAGCAGUGGCGUGGACCUGAGUGGCAGCGUUCGUGGAGAAGGGCUGGCAUUGUCAGGAGAAGAGCUUGUGCGUGUGGCUCCAGGCAUGCUCACCCUGCGUGAGGGGCGUGGUGGGGUGGAGCUAGAGCCAGCAGCAAUCGAAGCUCAGAGGCGUCGUCUGCAGGAGAUGGUGUCAAACAUACAGGCCUCUAUGGACAAACACCUACGGCAGCAGACCACAGUUGCUGCCAGUAGCACUGCAACUACUAAGCAAGAUGGGAAGAAGGUGGAGCCGGAUGAGCAGGAAGAGAUGGAGAGCCAGGGGGCGGAGCUUCCAAGCACCUCUGAGCCCAUGGACCAGUCCUGAUGAAGUGUCAUCUGUUUCCCACACACAUGGCUUUCUGAUUUAUGUAACGCACACAUACAUAGAAAUGUUGUUCACGCACACGUCCUACUAACCGAAAAACAGUACAGUCUGUUUACUGCUUUGUGUGUGUGUGUGUGUGUGUGUUUGUUGAAUGCAUUCCUGAAUUGCUGUUGAGUCUUAAAAGGCUUUGGAGAUGAGCAAAAGAGCUGGUUAAAAAAAUCGUUCCAUUCUAUUUAUACAUGCUUCACAUACAUGCUUUACACAUGCUUCAGUGCAGAACACACUAACCAGGCUUACAUGAAUGUGUGUUAACCAAUCUAAGUGCGUCUGAAGCCUCCUGUAGCAAUUUAUACAUACUUCUAAAGGAAACUCAUAAACAUGCCUCCACCUUCGUUAGCUGAUGUCAAAGUAGUAUUUGUGUUAGCAUGGUGAGGUUGAAAGGAGUCUGUCUUAAUCUGGUACGGAGGCAGAAUUCAGAAGGCACUCAGAAUAGUACUGAUUAUUAAGAGGUAUGUGUUUUGCCCAGUGAUAUUAAGUAUUCUUAAAAGUAGGAUUUGGUGUAUGUUCCUGUUGGCUGGUUUUGGAUUAAAUUUAGCACAGUAAGUGGAAACUUUUUACUGGAGAUUCCCACUUCUCUCAUUUUACUCUGUGGCAAAACUGGAUUUGUGUGUAUGGAAUUAAAAAAAAUAGAAAACAAACAAAAAUAUAUAUGGGACAAACCAAAUACCUAAGGAAUUCAUAUUUAAUUUCAUUUACAAUGCCAUUUUUUUGUUCAUUUUUACUUUAAUAUGCUUAUGCAGCCCAGAGAAGCUAAUACUAUGGAGAAGAUCUAGUAAUCUUGAAGAUGAAGGAAAUUAGAUGUUUUAGGUUUGACUGAAUGGUUAAGACUGGUAAUGCUUGUGCAAUAAAAUACAGCUUUUAAAUUUGUGCUUAAUGUGUAAAGGAGCAGCUGCAAAGGUUUGCUAAUAGGCAGGUGUUUUGCCAUGGCUAGAUUCCUGAUCUUCUGGUGUUCCAAACACCCCCCCUCCCCCCUCUAUCUGAUCUGCCUUCUAUCCUGAUAAGUUAAACCUUAAUGACUUUCAGUUGUUUUUAAAGGUUGAUUUAAGAAUCGGUCUGCUGUGUGUGGCAUGGAGAAGGGCUGGCUGGGAUGAACUGAACAUAGUUGUGUUUGAUUAGGAUGCAUCUAAAGUUAAGGGGGGUUUGUUUACAUUUGCCAGUGGCAUGGUGGUCCUUAUACAUGCUGUCAUUGCUCAUAUACAUACACACCCACACAGCCUUAACAGUCAAUGUGGUUUACCUACAACCUACACUACACAUUGUUAAAUGCAUCCCCUGUCCCUGCUCCACAUUUUUUCUUAAGUAGUGUGUUAUUCAAGUUCCCUUUAACAUGGUGUGUACCAUUGCUUUUUAACCCUUUUUCCACUCCACAGGAUUGGGGUAACUGCAGAAUAGAAGUGGCCUAGGAACCAGACCCAGAUUUAACAAAUUUAAGUAUUAGAUAUGGCUAGCUUGGUAGAAAAAAUGAAAAAGGACUCUUUUCAUGCUUGAUGGCUUUCCACUGUAAGCAGACUAGCUCUCAGAACAAAUAACAAUAAUAAUCCCCAUUAGACUGGGAAGAAUAGUUAGAAUGUUUACUAGCACUGUUCUUGAACAUUGGUAAUGAUCAGCAUUAAGAAUGAUUCAAAAGAAAUAAUUUAUUUCAGGUGGACACAAACAGUUUGUUUCUCUCUGACUGUUGGCAUGGUGGCCUGUAAGUUGUGUAUUAUAAUAGUAUAUAUUGUACUAUACUUUAUCCUGUACAUAUAUUGUUUUUUUUUUUGGUUUGUUCCUCCUUGGUUUGCCAAUAAAGUGGUUUAAAGAGCCCACACAGCUGAAGUGUUUGCAGUUUGCAUGUGCAAUGAAUUUUCAGCAUAACAAAAUAAAGUUAAUGCCUCUCUGCAAAA